GUCAAGCCUGCACACUAUAAAACCCCACCACACAUCCAAUCUCUCAUCAUAAUUCUCGUACUAAUUCAACCUCAGAGACCACCCUAAUCAUGAAGCUUAGUUACAUUGCCUCGCUGCUGUUAGUAGCUGCCCUAGCCGCUGUGCUGGCUAACAGACACGCUGUUGAGAUCAGAUCCCCCGGCAGAGUAUUCGCUCACCAAGGCUAUGAUGUCAGGUUCAACUUUGGUAUUCGCUCUCUAGACAGGAAUGUGAGCCUGAACGAAUCGAUGGUCCAGAUGAGCAAAUACAAUGCCACCUACCUACCCUUCAACUUCACCCUCAAGUCGGUUGUCGCCGAUAAUUCGAGCGUUGUACACGGUAUACACGGACGUGUAAGGAUCAGGAACGCUUCAUGUGACCAUGCUGGGAAAUACCUGAUUAAAUACGGAGAAAUGCGCAAGGGCAGGUCAUUCAGGAUUAAAAUCAGUGGGUGUCAGGAACGAAACAACACCAUCGCUUUGUAAGAUGGAGAGUGGGACCUACUCUAUGUGAAUCAAUGAUGCUUUCAUUUUCUGGAUAUGAUUACAAUUCAAUUCUUGAUAUGAAAAACAUUGUGUUUUCUUGAAA